ACCCCAUAAGCCAAAAAACAAAACAAACGUAAAUCUUCGUCAUCUCUCUCUCUUUCUCAAACUUUUUUCUGAUCCUUGUACCCAAACGCCCGCUUUCCAUUCCUUUCUCGUCGAUUUUCUCGAGAAAGUGUUUGGGAAGGGCGUGAUUGAUCCUUUGAUAUUUUGACUUAGUUUUAGAUUAUUAUGAGCUUUCAAGAUCUCGAGGCUGGGCGGCCCUUGGCGGCCUCUAGGAGAGACCUCAACAAUGGCAAGAAAGACGCUACGCAAGCGGUUGUGUCUGGAAUCUUCCAGAUAACCACCGCCGUUUCGACGUUUCAACGUCUUGUUAAUACCCUUGGCACUCCCAAGGAUACUCCUGAGCUCCGUGAGAAGCUGCACAAGACAAGACUACAUAUUGGGCAGUUGGUUAAGGAUACUUCAGCAAAACUUAAACAAGCAAGUGAAACAGAUCAUCAUGCUGGAGUUAGUCAAAGCAAAAAGAUUGCUGAUGCUAAACUUGCAAAAGAUUUUCAAGCAGUUUUGAAAGAAUUUCAAAAGGCUCAACGGCUUGCAGCUGAGAGGGAAACAGCAUACACCCCUUUUGUUGCCCAGGCAGUUCUUCCUUCAAGCUAUACAGCAAGUGAAAUGGACAUAAAUUCCGACACGAAUCUAGAGCAGCGUGCUCUUCUUGUGGAAUCAAGAAGACUGGUCCUGCUGUUGGACAAUGAGAUUGCCUUCAAUGAGGCAAUCAUUGAGGAAAGAGAUCAGGGAAUACAAGAAAUUCAGCAGCAAAUUGGUGAGGUGAAUGAGAUUUUUAAAGAUCUUGCUGUCCUUGUUCAUGAGCAAGGAGCUAUGAUUGAUGAUAUUGGUUCCCAUAUUGAAAAUGCUCAAGCUGCCACUGCACAGGGAAAAACACAACUUGUGAAAGCAGCAAAAACCCAAAGAUCAAAUUCUUCUCUGACAUGCUUGUUGUUGGUAAUUUUUGGGAUUGUGCUUCUUAUUGUUAUCAUAGUACUUGCAGCAUGAUUCAGAGUUAAUCUUGAUUUCAAUUGUUGACUAUUUCAAGAGAUGGUGGGAAACAGGAUAGGGAUCUCCUUGCUACUUUAUUUGCUUUUGUUUUCCACAAGAAAUCACGAGUGGAGUGUCUCACUGCUGAUAUAUAUAUAUGUUGUUUGGCAUUUGCAUAGGUUGAUAUUCAUACUCGGUUCUCUUCUCUGGUUUUUGAGUGUGUGAUGAGUUGUCAUUGUUCCUUUCAACUUAUUAAUAAAAUAUUAAUUCUUUGCUUGGCCA